AUGGCCAGCCGCGGAAGGCAUGGGAAGGAGCGGCGGGCGGUGGAGCUGGACAAGUUCCCGGACGGGAUGCGCGUGCUCGCCGUGGACGACAACCGCGUCUGCCUCAGGGUCCUCGAGAUCCUCCUGCGUGAGUGCAACUAUGAACCAACGGUGGUGACAGACGCGGCGACGGCUCUGAGGAUACUGAGGGAGGGAGGGGAAGAUCAGUUCGACCUGGUGAUCACCGACGUGCACAUGCCGGACAUGGACGGCUUCCAGCUCCUCGAGCUCAUUGGCCUCGAGAUGGAUCUGCCAGUCAUCAUGCUGUCUGUGGAUGGAGAAAAGGAAACAAUAAUCAAGGGGAUAGCUCAUGGUGCGUGUGACUAUAUGGUGAAACCAGUGAGUCUCAAGAAGCUCAAGAACAUAUGGCAGCAUGUUGUAAGGAAAAACCUCCGUGCUAUGAACCACGAUAGCAGUAGUGAUAGUGACGAUGCUGAUCAGAUGGAGGUGAAACCAGUGAUUGUUGAGGGUGAGAGGGGUUAUGCAAAGUGUAAGAGGUGCUCAAAGAAGAUGAAAAAUGAUGCGGAUUGUUCUGAUGAGAACAAAGAGUGCAUGGGCGUACCGACUACCCAAAAGAAGCCAAGGGUGUCAUGGACUGGUGAGCUCCACCGCAGGUUCCUAGAAGUCGUCGACCAGCUCGGAGAAGGGGCAUAUCCAAAGACGAUAUUGAAAAUGAUGAAUGUCAAAUACCUGACUAGAGCGAAUGUCGCGAGCCAUCUGCAAAAGUACAGGAUCUACUUAAAAAGGGUCAACGAUGGCCCAGGAAAGCACGGACAGUCAUAUGAAAGGUGGAACUCACCCUCCUGCAUUAACAUGAAUCACCACAGAGGACAGCCGUUGUCGGCCCUUGCCUUCCGGGGUUCAGACAAUCUGUUGGCAGCUCCAUCGUCAGUGUUAGAACCUCAUCAUGUGCCACUUCAGUCUACCAAUUUGGCCAUGAGUACUGUCGGCAAUGGUGGCAGAACGCUGAGGAAUGCCGUGCCACCGAUGCCUGAGGCCAGAAGGCGCCACGCUUCUUGUCCUCCUGUCAACUCAUCUGCGAAAAUAUCAGAUCACAAAAUGUUGGAUGCCUUUUCAUCUAGUCAUUCUGACAAAGAACAUGAAAACUUCCUGCUUGAGAGUCUGUUGGGGGCAAGCAAUGUGGUGCCUUCCUCCCAUCCUGUAGGCAGCUCCUUUGGAAACAUGCCAACCAGUGGGAUGUUAGAGCCUGUAAACAAGUUUCGGGUGCAGCCGCCGGAACUGAUGAACCCACCUUCUGCGGUUGGCGCGCAUCUCUAUACCCAGCUUCCUUACCAUGUUGGAAACUCUAGCUAUCCCUGGAACAAUAUGGCGUCAUCAAGUUAUCCUUCUCCUGUGGAUGGAGCACCUCUCAUCCCAUCAAAAGUGAACAUCCCCCACAUGAACCAGCUGCCAAGCUUUGGCGCCUCACCCGGCCAGAUGCCCAUUUUUCAGAAUGAGCAGCAGAAUCAGAUUGAAGGUAUCAUCAACAAGACCACACCAGUGGUUGGCUUCAAUGAGGAGAUGAGGGCAUUAUUCAACAUAGCAAGCAAGACAUCCCCAGCUGAGAAGACUAUUGACAACUUUUCACCAAUGACUCAGAUGAUUAACGGUGGAAACACCAGCUCUCAAUUGCCUAACCUUCAGACGGGCAGUUUUGUCGCGCAGCCGACUCUGAUGGUUAAUGGUGCAUUUCCUGGCAUUCAGGAUUGUUCUGUCGAGCCGACACAGAUGCUUAAUGGCGGGCAUGCAUCUGGCACUCUCCCUAUGCAAGAAGGCCCGGUUGGUCAGAAAGCUCCUGAUGAUUAUCAGCAACCAACCUACACCAAUUCCUGCUUCCUAGAUGAUAUUUUGGCCAGCAUGCCUAAUCAGACACAGGUCAAAAUGGCGUCGGCGGCGGAGAGCUCGCUCCUCAAGGCAUUGGGUUUCUGUCCGGAGAACCUCUGGGUUAGCGAGGAUGAUCUCAGACGCUUCAAGGAGAUCUUUGACUCACCGAUCAGGGAUGCGCAUCUGAGAGUGAUGGCAGCCAUCUUUGGCAAGGAGAUCCCGAUGAGCUUCGAGAGGGAGGUGCACUGCAGGGUGACAGUGCCGACGCAGUGA